AGUGAUCCAGCAUUCGUGUAUCGCUCUACUUGGUACAGUGCAUGCGGGAGUUCAUUCAUUUUCGGAACACAACUGGUUGAUUGGGAGGAAAACUUCAAAAUGUGUUGCAGUGUAGGAAUGGUCCCAAUUUCAAUAGAAAAUGAAGGAAAGCGCUCUUGUAUGGCGUCACAAAUGAACCAUAACUGGCCGUUCAGCAUUUAUUAUUGGACAUCUGGCAGAAAACUUUUCCACCCAAACUCGACUUUCGAAUUUUGUCUUUCAAGGGGUAACAUAGUAACAAACAAAACACCUAAAAUGUGGGCUCCUGGCGAGCCUGUGGGAACGUGGGAUAAACUGUGCCUUAUGUUGGCGCUUGACAAGGAUAAAACGAGUGCGUUGUUUUACGCCAGAAACUGUACAGAAAAAUUCAUCUUCGCUUGCCAGGGACCGAUGACCACCACUCCAGCACCGAAUCCUCGCUACAACAACUGUAAAAAGGUGUCGAAUUGCACGAAAAAUAGCGCCCUGUUCACAGAAUUACCAAAUAAGGGCGUUGAAUUGACGAGUCUAUUUCACCAAAAUCAAUCAUAGUAAUUUAAUUAUGUUUAUUUUGUUUAUUUUAGAUUUUGAGAAGUAUGGAAUGUGGUUGUUUCAAUCUGGCAGAGCGUAUUUGAUCAGCCCAUCUACUGCAACUUGGGCAGACGCUUCCGCUACUUGUUGCAGUAUUGGAAUGAAAUUGCUCAGCAUCGACUACACCUUCAAGUAUGACAGCCUGACUACUAUCUUGACAGAAAAUAAAAGUAUUGCCGAUACGUAUUGGACAUCUGGCGCGAGAAUCGGGGACAAGAACAUCUUUGGCUGGUGCGCGACCGACAAAAGGGUGAGAGAUGCAAAGUGGGCACCAGGCCUGCCAGGAAGCGCGGACGACUGUGUGGCGGUUAAUUUGAUAGACAACAAGGUCCAGAUUGCAGACAAGAACUGCCAAAAUACCUACAAGUACAUCUGCGAGGCUAGAGACACGAGAACGUCGGCAACAGCUGGUCGGGCAAUAUUAAACGAAUGCGGCUUACUUUACAAUGUUACUGAAGAUAGUGGAUGGUCAAAUAGUGACACAAGAAUUGAUUAAAUCGGCACAAGAUCUUUCCCUCAGCUCCGACAUGGACACGUACAACAAAAAUGUUGCUGCUGCCUCAAUUUGCGGAAAUCAAGUCGGCAUGGACGAGUGUGACACUGCAUCGCUCGCGUUUUCCUGCGUCCAGGAUGAGUCACCGGAUAUUGUGCAGCGCGCCAUACUGAAUGUAGAAACAAGCAAUGCAGUGGAAUUUGCAGCAUUGCCAUCAGCACAGGCCCUUUGCUACGAUAGCUCAUUGGGGAAAUUUCAAUUCAAUGUUAAAUGUAGAAUGGCCUACGUGAAUGAAGAUCCAAACCCAUGCGGAAAAAGAGCAUUUUACAAUGUUUGUGGGGGACGUAACUACAUAUUGACUAACUUCUACCCCACGAAAAACAUUGAUUAUGCUUCUGGGGCGUGUGUGGAGUGGGGCCUGAAACUCGCAUCGUUUGAAACAUAUGAAGAAUUUAUGUGUGUCGCUGAACUAUUUGCAAUGUCAAAUCAAACUGUUUAUGCGUGGACAUCUGGUUCUUUCUGGAUUGUGAGCGACAAGCCCGUCUGGUGUGGUUCAAAUGCUCCUUUGGAGACGUCAAAAUAUCCGUGGAACCUUAAUGGAACUGGAGAGUUGGCGGGAACACCUUUCAGUACAGAUUUCUUUGUCCAACUAGUAAUCCCUGCGAAUAAUCCUAAAGCCUCGUUUUUAAAGACUGUUACUAACAGUCUACAGCCAGGUGGAAGUAUCUGUGAGAACUAAAUCUAAUAAAAUUGUGGUGCUUCAGA